GACAGCUCCACCGGGCCAGGGAGAUGCACUUCUGUCAUCACUUCCAAGAAGUGAGUCCAAAAAGGAAGAGGGCGUUUCCCACUCAAAGGCUUGCCCAAUGAAAAUCACUAACGCCAGACACACGAGCAGCGCCGGAGCCAAGUGGACGAUGGAGAAUUUCACGGCGCUGUUCGGAGCUCAAGCUGACCCACCACCGCCCCCAACCGCACUCAGCUUCGGGCCAGGAAAACCUCCACCCCCACCUCCGCCUCCUCCGGGCGGGGGACCCGGCACGGCCGCGCCCCCUACCGCGGCCACGGCUCCUCCGGGUGCGGACAAGUCAACAGCCGGCUGCGGCCCCUUCUACCUAAUGAGGGAACUACCAGGCAGCACGGAGCUCACGGGCAGCACCAAUCUGAUCACACACUACAACCUGGAGCAGGCCUACAACAAGUUCUGCGGGAAGAAGGUCAAGGAGAAGCUGAGCAACUUCCUGCCCGACCUGCCUGGCAUGAUUGACCUGCCCGGGUCCCAUGACAACAGCAGCCUCCGCUCCCUCAUCGAGAAGCCCCCGAUCCUGGGCGGCUCCUUCAAUCCCAUCACAGGGACCAUGCUGUCCGGCUUCCGGCUGCACACGGGCCCGCUGCCGGAGCAGUGCCGCCUCAUGCACAUCCAGCCCCCCAGGAAGAGUAAGCACAAGCACAAGCAGAGCCGCACCCAGGACCCAGUGCCCCCAGAAACACCUUCCGACUCGGACCACAAGAAGAAGAAGAAGAAGAAGGAAGAGGACCCUGAGCGGAAGAGGAAGAAGAAAGAGAAGAAGAAGAAGAAGGUAGGGUGGCAGGAGCUUGCCCAGCGCGUGCAUGCGUGCCCUGAGUGGCGGCCUGAGGCACUGGCCCAGGGGAACCACAGUGUCCCAGCCACCCUGCUGCAGGCCCAGGCUGUGCUCCGUGUCCUGACCCCACCCUUGACUCCCCAGAGCCGCCACAGUCCCGACCACCCUGGCAUGGGCAGCUCCCAGGCCAGCAGCAGCAGCAGCCUGCGCUAAGGGGACCACCAGCCUCCGCCAGGACAGCUCUUCCUGCCGCGCGGACCUGCUGUGGACAGGACAGGACAGACCGGGCUGGGCCGGGCCAGGCCAGGCCAGGCAUGGCGCCCACCUGGAGGGAGGAGGAGCGGCUCCCUUAGACCUCUCCUCCUCUCCCAGGAAGUGUUCUGUGGCUCGCUCUUUCCUUUGUGCAAUUUGUCUGAUUUCAGGACUUGAUUUGUUAGGGUUUCUCACUUUUAAAAAACUGAGUUUCCAAACUGGCUCAAAUGUGGCUGCCUGUCCAGAGGUAAGCGCGCAGGGCUGGGGGCACAGGCCUCGGGUCCCAGCACUGGGAGACCUAGGCCAGCCCAGGCAAGGUGGACAGCAAAGCCCCCUCUCCAGAUAUGAAGCGUUUAGAAAGGGCCGCGGAUGUAACUCGGGGCCCUGGCUUCAAUCCCCAGUGCUGCAGAGAGAAGAGCUAAGUGCCUUUCUUGGGUCAGGGUUGAAGGCAGCACCGCUAAGUGGCGCUGGGGGCUGGGUCUCCGUCUCAGUGCAUCUGUCCUGGGCAGAGCAAGCUGCGCUUGCACCUCCCGGCAGACAUCCCACACCCUGCCCGUGGGGGAACCUGCAGGCGUCACCUGAAAAGCUGCCCCUUAGACCCCUGCUGCACAUUCCAGGCCAUUUCUGUCCAGGAACGGCCGGCCGCCCGCAGGAAGGCAGGCAGUCCCUGGGCAUGUGAGCAGCAGCAAGCCAGGCCUGAAGGGUGUGACCUUGGCAGUGAGCUCCUGGCAGCCAGAGGCACCUGCGCCUUCCCUGAGGAGCUGAACCUGCCUCGUUCCUUGGUUAAGACAAAUCCAGCAGCAGAACAGACUGACUCCUCCAGCUCAGCUCGCCUUCAGGGGCCGCGAGCAGGGGUUUGUGAACACUGCUUGGGCUGUGUGUGCACUGGCAGCCUGGCGCCCUCACUGCUGUGCUCCACUUGCGGAGAGGCGGAAACAGGCACUCCGGAGUCUGGCGUGGCAUGGUGUGGCGGCGCCCUUCCCAAAUCAGGGGCAUCUUCUCUAACGACUGCCACCCCACCCCUGGCUGCUCUCCAGGCCUCCACACGGGCCGCCUGGGGAGAGGAGCCUCUUCCCCGGGACAAAAGGGGACAGCAGGACACAACCAAGAGGUCUCUAAGCUUAGCAAUGGUGAGUGCUGGUUGCUGGACUUUUGUAGGGGUUUUUCCAAAUGGGGAUUAAACCCAGGCCUUGCACACACCAGGCAAGUACCCUACCAUUGAGCUUUUUUGAGACAGGGCCUCACUGAAUUGCCCUUGGAGUCGGCCUCCUGCGCAGCUGGCAUUACAGGCAUGCACCGCUGGCCCUGGCUGUUCUCACAAGUCCUGGAAUUAUUCUAAACCGUGUGUGGUGGCACACCCCUGUAAUACACUCAGGAGGCAGAGGCAGGAAGAUUGCUGUUUCUGGCCAUCCUGGGCCAGUGAGUGCAAGGCCAGCCUGCACUAUGUACAGCGAGACCCUGUCUCGAAAAAAAAAUCCUUUUACCCAAACAAAACCAGGAGCUGCUGUUACAAGUAAUUUCACCCCGUCCUGCCUGAAGAGGGGCUGACUGGGUCCCCUGGGAUGGCUUCCACAGAGCACUCUACCUGCCUUUAGAGGACAAAAUGACGCGAGCCGGGCAGCUGGUCAGAGCAGGGUUUCUUUUUAUUCCUCGUUGGUUUAAAAUGGCUAAUCAGAAUAAAAAAUAAACGGGCCUGUGCAUAGAGGCUGGGGCCUGCCCUGUGUGGGGGUCGGAGCCCAGUGUGCCUCUACCCAGCACCAUUCCGAGUGGGCCGGGGGGACCCCCAGGGACAGCGGGAGGGGCCCAGGCCUGCCACUCCUCCUCUCUAUCCCGUUUUUGGCAUGUGAUUAAAAAUAUUGCUUUUUGGA